UUAUGGAGAUGGAGCAAAAACGACAGUAUAUCUAACUACCUCCACAGGCACUCUGUACUUACCCCUAACCGACGGGUUUCCUUGGUCAAAGGUAUAAACAGAAAAUGAAAUUCCACACGUGAGGUGCAAACAUGUCAGAGUCAGGUCACAGCCAGCCCGGGAUGUACGGGCAGGGAAGACGGAGGAGGCGACGCAGGGGAGAGAGAGAUGUUGGACCCCCGGGACAGAAUCUGUCUGGCCCCAGCCGCGAUCGGGAAUACCAGCCGAGAGAACGAAGGGAUGGGAGUGAGGAUCCACCAGGCCCGCUCAUCCAGAAAACGCCCAUUAUUCUUGCAAAGCCUCCAGGUGAAAGGGCCAAACCAUCACAGAAUGCACCGGUCAGUGGAACUCCAGUCCUGGAGAAGCCCAUCAUGCUAAUGAAGGCCAGGGAUGAUGGUGGGAAGCUGGGGACACCUCCAGAGGCAGCUGCUCAGUCGUCUGGUCCUGGACCCUCCAAGAUGGAGAGGGAGGGGCAGAGACCCACACAACCUGUUUACCAGAUCCAGAACAGAGGAAUGGGGCCUUCUGCAUCUGGCAAUGCUGUGGACCCCAUGGUCGGUCAGUCCAAACUCCUUCAUCCAGAGAAGAUGAAGCACAGCAUUAAGCUGGUGGAUGAUCAGAUGAACUGGUGUGACAGUGCCAUGGAGUAUCUGAGGGACCAGACAGACAUGUUGGUGGUGGGAGUCAUUGGCCUGCAGGGAACUGGAAAAUCUACCAUCAUGUCACUGUUAUCUGCCAACACACCUGAGGAAGACCAAAGGAGUUACGUCUUUAGAGCUCAGACUCAAGAAAUAAAGGAAAGAGGAGGAAAUCAGAGCACAGGUAUUGAUUUCUUCAUCACUCAGGAGAGGGUCAUCUUUUUGGACACACAGCCUAUUCUCAGCCCAUUUAUACUUGACCAUGUUAUCAACAAUGAUCGCAAGUUGCCUCCAGAGUACAACCUUCCCCACACAUAUGUGGAAAUGCAGUCUCUUCAGAUCGCUGCCUUCCUGUUUACUGUGUGCCACGUAGUUAUAGUUGUUCAAGACUGGUUUACCGACAUAAACCUGUACAGAUUUCUGCAGACUGCUGAGAUGCUGAAGCCUUCCACUCCAUCUGGAAGCCACGACAGCACCGGCUCCUCAAGCAGCGAUGAUGGAGCAGAGUACUAUCCUCACAUAGUUUUCCUCCAGAAUAAGUCCAGACAAGAGGAUUUCUGUCCAAGAAAUUUUAAGGACAUGCACAUGGUGGUGGACAAACUAAUGGCACAUUCCCAUCUUAAAUACAAAGGUACAUUGUCCAUGUUGGAUUGCAACAUCGUUCCAGGACUGACUCAGGAAUACCUGGAUGCCGAAGUCAACAUGUUUCUGCUUCCGGUCCAAGAAAAUGAUGGAGAGGAUAAUCUGAACAAAGCAGGGGCAGGAACAUACCCACUGUUCUCUCUGCUGCCUGGUUACAGAGGUCACCCCACCUUCUCCACCAUGGUUUCAAAGCUCCGCAGCCAAAUGCUGGCCAUGCCUCGCUGUCAGCUGUCACACACCAUUCUCACUGAGAAAAACUGGUUUCACUAUGCUGCUCGUAUCUGGGAUGGUGUUAAAAAGUCUUCGGCCCUCUCUGAAUACAGCCGCCUCCUCUGCUAGCACUGGGUUAAACUUCUGAUUUACAGAGACAUUUCUUUUGAUAAUGAGUUAAACAAAAUGGACAAUGUUUGCCUAAAAAGAGUGAGACUCAUCCACUCAAAUGAGCUAUAAAGUUUAAAUCGCUCCACACUGUGCCGGAGUGAACAUGUUAGAAGACAACGCUUGUGCUAAUUUAUGGUGGUCAUUUUGUAAAUAAGAAAACAAUAAAUAAAUGAAAUGGU